CGCGGAAUUCGAAGUUCGACCUCCACGCCUCCACCGAGUGUUUAUUGUUCAAAAGAAUAAACAUUAUAAUCUGAUUCUGUAAAAUAAUAAUUGAGAACAACAUUGAAAAGUAUUAAUUAGUUAAUCAGUGAUUUGUUGAAAAGGAUAGUUUAGUAAAACAAACAAAAAAUGGGGAAACGACAGCAUCAGAAAGAUAAAAUGUAUUUAACAUACACUGAAUGGACAACAUUGUAUGGUGGAAAAAAGUCAGGAACCUCUGAAUCAAGUGAAGAUACAACAUUUAGGCGUUUACCAUAUGAUCAUUGUUGUUUAACUUUGCAACCAUUUGAACACCCUUACUGUGAUCCACAUGGAAAUGUUUUUGAAUUAGAAGCAAUAUUAGAAUACAUAAAAAGAUAUAAACACAAUCCUAUCACAGGAAAAUCAUUAGAUCCAAAAACUUUGAUAAAACUUAACUUCUAUAAAAAUGUAGAAGGACAGUAUCACUGUCCAGUUCUUUUUAAACUGUUUACCAAGCACUCUCACAUUGUUGCUAUUAAAACAACUGGAAAUGUGUUUUCAUAUGAGGCAGUAGAACAAUUGAAUAUAAAAACUCGUAAUUGGAAGGAUUUACUGAAUGAUGAACCUUUUACAAGGAAAGAUAUCAUUACAAUACAAGAUCCGAAUAAUGCAACAAAAUUCAAUUUAUCCACCUUUCAUCAUAUUAAAAACAAUAUAAAAGUUGAAGAUGAAGAAAUGGUGAAGGACAGAAAUAAUCCCAAUGCAAAACUAAAAACUGUAUCAAUGGAAACUAAAGAAAUAUUAUUUGAAUUGGAUAGGGAUUUUAAACAAGCUGCACCUAAGGAAGAAGUUUCUAAACCAAAAGCUGAUAAAUUUAAUGCUGCACAUUAUUCUACGGGCGCAGUAGCAGCUGGUUUUACAUCAACAGUUAUGCCAACUGAAACCACUCACCAGGCAGCAGUUAUAGCGGAAGAUUUAGUACGAUACGAGCGAGUUAAAAAAAAAGGAUAUGUAAGAUUCCUUACGAAUUUCGGUGCUUUGAAUCUAGAACUGCACUGUGAUCUUGUUUCAAAAACUUGUGAAAAUUUUAUAAAACUUUGCCAACGUGGCUAUUAUAAUGGAACAAAGUUUCAUCGAUCCAUACGAAAUUUUAUGAUACAAGGUGGUGAUCCCACUAAUACUGGUAAUGGAGGAACAUCCAUUUGGGGUAAAACGUUUGAAGACGAAUUUAAACCAAACUUGGUGCAUCAAGGAAGAGGAAUUCUCUCUAUGGCAAAUUCUGGGCCAAAUACAAAUGGAUCGCAAUUUUUCAUCACGUUUCGGUCAUGUAGACAUUUAGAUCGUAAGCAUACUGUUUUUGGAAAGAUAGUGGGUGGAUUAGAAACAUUGAAUGCCAUUGAAAAAGUUGAGGUAGACAACAAAGAUAGACCUAUAGAAGAUAUUGUCGUACAGAAAGCUCAAGUUUUCGUUGAUCCGUUUCAAGAAGCAGACGAACAAUUAAUUGCUGAGCGUGAAGCCGAAGCAGAACGAUUGGCUCAAGAAAGUGCGAGAAAUAAAUCAGAUGACAAAAGAGGGAAAAAGGAGGACCUGAAAGUAUAUCGAUCAGGCGUAGGAAAAUACAUAAAAAUGGAUAAGGAUGAAAAGACGGAAAAAGAUGAAUCCAAUACUGCACCUGCAAUUAAGAAGAAAAAAGUUGCAGCAAACUCAUUUGGUGAUUUUUCUUCUUGGUAGGAAAAUUAUUAAAGUAUUAAAGAUUAGUGUACAUAUAUAAAUUGUUUAGAAUUUUAAUUUUAAGUGUAAAAUAUUUUUAUAAAUAUAGAUCUACAACUUGAUUAUCACAUG